AUGUGCACCCCGUCUGCGGGGCCGAGCUGCCCGGGGCGCCCGCACAGCCGCGGGGUCUUGUUCGGGUGUCGGUGGCCGAGCCCGAGUCAGAUGCGGUGGCUGCUGCCGGCGUCCCGCGCGCCGCCCGACCCGGGACCGGCCGCCCAACUUCUCCCCGGGACCGGCCGCCCAACUUCUCCCCGGGACCGGCCGCCCAACUUCUCCCGGGACCGGCCGCCCAACUUCUCCCCGGGACGGAGAACCUCGCUGGCGCCCGGGCCGAGGCGGGAGCCCGCGGGGCCGAGAGGGCGAGGGGAAAGCGCUCACUCGCGGCGGCGGCGGUGGGGGAGCCAGUCCGGAGAAACGUCCAUCUGUCCACCCCGGGGCUCGGAGCCUCCGGCCGGAACCCUGCGGGACCGGUGCGCGCGGGAUAGACGACUAGGACUCAGGUGCGGAGGUCCCCCCUCCGGUGUUCCGGGCCCCGGAGGGACUCUGUCCCGGGAGCUUCCUGUUGGCCCAGUGGCUUGGGCAGGACAGGACCUUGAGGGGCAGGCGGUGCGCCUGGGAGGGUAG